GCAAAAAAUAAAUUCAAGUUGAACCGUGCGAUAUCGGCCACUUUCGUUGUUCGCAUCGCUGGACAAAGUGGCGGAGGCGAUGGCGUCCAAGAACAUCGUAUUUGUGUCGGUCGGGACGCGAGGCGACGUCCAGCCCCUGUGCAUUGUGGGCCAGGCCCUUGCCGCCCAAGGCCACACUGUCAGCGUCGCGUCGGAUCGACGGCUCGAAUCGCUCAUCACGCACGAGUUUGGGCUCGCGUUUCGACCGCUUGAAGGCGACUUUUGCGGUCUUCUCUUCCACGACGACUUUCACGAUCGAUUUCGCAAGGCAAACGUGGUGCAACUCAUCGGGUUGAUGGAGGAGUGGAGCAGUCGAUCGGACAAAGCAGCCGUGUUGGCGUCGUACGUGCCGGCGCUGCAAGGCGCCGACAUCAUCGUGUCCGGACCGCUCUGUGCUGACGAGUCGUACGCGGUCGCAGAGUCCUUGAACGCGACGUGGGUGCCGCUCUUCUUUGGCGGAUUCAACCUCCCCACCACCGCAUACCCCCAUGGCAUGAUGCAAGCGUUUGUCGGGUCGUGGUUUGGAGCUGUCAACAAGUGGACGCAUUAUUUCAUCUGGUCCAAGUUGUGGGGCGGCAAGCGGGACCACAUCAAUGCGUGGCGGACACAGCAGCUCAAGCUCGCCCCCGUCACGUCAGCGUACGGUGUCCUCGACGCCCUCCUCACCAACGACUCCAUCGUGCAACUCCAAGCGUGUUCAUUGCUAUUCUCGGGCCCACAGCACGAAAUCCCGACCGAUUACGCACCUGGAAAAGUCGCGUACGCUGGCUUUGUCUUCCCCAUCAUGGCCCAACCCGAGCCCGAGCCUUUGAAGGCCUUUCUCGUCGCAAACUCGACCCCUGUGAUUUACAUUGGAUUUGGCAGCAUGCCAACUUUGAAGCCCCGCGAAUUGCUGCAGUUUGCAAUCGACGUGUCGAAAAUUGCCGGCUGCCGCGCAGUGCUGGCGGCAGGAUGGUCGUCACUCGACCAAGAGAGCUCGAAAGACCUCGCUGACGCACACGCAGACACGGUGUAUAUCGAAACAGGAUCGAUCUCGCACACAUGGCUGUUUCCGCAGAUGAGCUGCCUCGUGCAUCACGCCGGGCUUGGCACGAUUGGCGCUGCCUUGCGCAGCGGGAUUCCGCAGCUGCCCUGUCCUGUCGGCAUCGAUCAGUUCUACAACGCGAGUGUGUUGGUGCAGCUGGGCGUGGCGCCGUGCACCGUCAGCAAGAAGCAAUUUGUGUCGGCCAAGUACGUUGGCAGUGCCGUGCACAAGGUGCUUCGAAACGACAAGGACAUCCAAGGCAAAGCACGCGACCUGGGAUUGUUUGUUUCGAAAGAAAGCGCCGACGCAGUGCCGCGCCUGUGUGCUCUCAUUUUGGACGCCAAACCGACAUUUUCCACGGCCUAGAUUCACAGGAACAAGGAAAUAUGCCGACUAUACACGCCGAUCGUACACUUUUCACCCACACCAA